CACAAUACGAACUUUACAAAAAUACUAUUUUCUCCCUGUAUCUUCCUCCUUUUUGGCCAAACGCUAAUAUCCAUCAUGGGUAUUUCAUUAAAUAUGUUGAUCGUCUGACAUGCUACAGAAUCAAUAAAUCUAAUGCAAGAUAACGGUGGUGGAAAACGAAAGAAACAACUCAUUCCUUCUUUUGCUUCUGUUCAUGUUGUACAAACAGCAAGUGAAAUGUGUGUACUUUCGUAAAGCUUUUAUCUUUUUGCUGUUUAUGGUGAAAUAUAGAACAUGAUUCUUGUUAUGAGUAGUCAAUCAUUGUCGUAAGGGAUGUUUUACAUGAAUGCCUUCACUUCCCACACCCCUUAUCAUUCCUAUCAAGAGGACUAAACUGAGCAAGUUAAUUAUGACUAAUUCCAUGGAGAAAACUAGUGAUUGGCUUUUCUCCCAAGAUAUCCCAAGCGAUGUUACAGUCCACACAGGAGGUGCUUCUUUUUCAUUACACAAGUUUCCAUUGGUGUCAAAGUGUGGUUACAUAAGAAAAAUGGCAUCCAACCCCAAAGAUUCUGGUCUUUUAAUGGUUGAAAUCCCUGAUAUCCCUGGAGGCCCCGAAGGAUUUGAACUUGCAGCAAAGUUUUGUUAUGGAAUAAACUUCGAAUUAUCAACAGAAAACAUUGCCAUGGUGAGAUGUGUUUCAGAGUUUCUUGAAAUGACAGAAGAUUAUGCAAUUGGAAAUCUUGUAACAAGAUCCGAAGCAUAUUUGACUGAAGUUGGACUUAAAACAUUGGCUGGUUCUGUUUCCAUUUUGCAAUCAUCAGUAAAUUUGUUACCAAUGUCUAAUAAAGUUAAGUUAAUUAAUCGGUGUAUAGACGCUAUAGCAUUUAUAGUCACCAAAGAAUCUUCCGGAAGCACUGGUCCUUUGGUUUCUUCUUCAUGUUCUUCACACCAGAAAGUUGUUGUUGAUUGGUGGGCUGAAGAUCUAAUUGUGCUUAGGAUCGAUAUAUUUCAAAGGGUUCUUCUUGCAAUGAUUUCAAGGGGGUAUAAACAAUAUGCUCUUGGUCCGAUUUUGAUGCUUUAUGCCCAAAAAUGUCUUCGGGGUUUGGAGAUAUACGGAAAGAGCAAGAAAAAAAUCAACUCAAAACAAGAACAUGAAAAGAGGAUAGUUCUAGAAACAAUAGUAAGCCUCUUACCAAGAGAAAGAAAUGCAAUGUCGGUCAGCUUUCUUUCAAUGUUGCUUCGGGCAGCCAUAUAUCUGGAAACAACUAUGGCUUGUAGGUUAGACUUAGAAAAUCGAAUAGGCUUACAACUCGGGCAGGCAGUUUUGGAUGACAUACUAAUUCCAUCUUUUCAUUUUGAUGGUGACACAUUGUUUGAUGUUGAUACUACCCAAAGAGUCAUGAUGAAUUACCUUGAAUACGAAUUAGAAACCACAAAUAAUCAAGAAAAUGACAUGAAAAAAGUUGGAAAGUUAAUGGAAAGUUAUCUUGCUGAAAUAGCUUCUGAUAGGAACUUAUUGGUGUCAAAAUUCAUUAAUCUUUCUGAGCAUAUUCCUGAACAAGCUAAGGUUUCAGAAGAUGGAAUGUAUAGAGCGAUUGAUAUUUUCCUAAAGGCUCAUCCAAUGUUAAGUGAUACCGAAAGAAAGAAAGUGUGCAGUUUAAUGGACUGUCAAAAGUUAUCCCGUGAAGCAUGUGCCCAUGCUGCCCAAAAUGACCGGCUUCCUGUACAGACCGUGGUUCAAGUUCUUUACUAUGAACAACAACGGUUAAGAGACACCAUGGAUGGUGGUGGUCAGAUAGUAGUGAAACCAACCACCACCACCACUACUACCACCACCAUCCGGCCAUUAUCCGAUGAGCUUUCACAGUUGAAAAAGGAGAACCAGGACCUAAAAUUUGAGCUCUUGAAGAUGAAAAUGAAGUUGAAAGAGGUAGAAAGACCAUCUGGUGACAAAUUUGCAGUUAGCAGUCCGAUUGGUGGUACUCGUUUUUCUGCUGAUAAGCCACCUUUGCCUCGGAAAUCCUUUAUGAAUUCUUUAUCGAAAAAGUUGGGGAAACUUACGCCAUUUCUUCGUGCUGAUGCGGCUGUACCUUCGAGUACAAGAGGCAUGAAUAAACCAAGUAAAGAUCGAAGACAUUCAAUGUCCUGAUUCGUUUUCCCAAAUCCAUGCGGUUGACUUAUAUGUGUG